GGGGAGCUCACCUGGGUGGCCCAGGUCACCCCGAGAGGGCGGGUGCCCGAGUCCAGCCCCGGAAGGGCCCGACAGGAGCUCACCCCAGGAGCGCGCUCCUCACCGCGACGGUGCCCAAGCUGACCCCUGCAAAGGGUCUCCCACCAACACCUGCCCAGGAUGCGGGAAGUUGGGGCCCCCAGGGACGGGGGCCAGUCCCCCAGGGGGAUGGGCACUCGGGGCCAGUCCUGGGUCAUGCUGCUCACCUACGCACUGGCAGCCCUGGAGUUCACCUGCCUCUUCAUGCAGUUCUCCAUUAUGCCGUACCUGUCCCGGAGGCUGGGCCUGGACUCUGUUGCCUUCGGCUACCAGCAGACCAUCUUUGGCGUGCUUCAGCUGCUGGGCGGGCCUGUGUUUGGCAGGUUCGCAGACCAGCACGGGGCGCGGGCAGCAUUCACGCUCUCCUUCCUGGCGGCCUGCGCACUCUACCUGCUCCUGGCGGCCGCCUGCAGCCCGGCCCUGCCUGGCGUGGCCUUGCUCUUCGCCUCGCGCCUGCCCAGCGCGUUCAUGCACAUGCUGCCAGCCGCCCAGAUGGUCAUCACGGACUUGUCUCCGCCUGCGGAGCGGCCCGCGGCCCUGGGCCGGCUGGGCCUGUGCUUCGGCGUCGGCGUCAUCUUCGGCUCCCUGCUCGGUGGGACCCUGAGCAGCGCGUGCGGCCCUCAGGAGGAAACGAUGACAGUCAGAGGGGCCAGCCCUCAGUGCCUUUGUCCCCAGGUGACAAGGGCUGCCUGGAGCUGGAGGUCGAGGCCCGCCCAUGCGGCCCAGAGAGGUCAAGCAGCCCGGGAGCCAAGCGUCCCCUGGAGAAUCGCUGCCCGCCCCAGGCCUCUGCCCCAACCCUCCUGGGACUCAGCAUCCUGGCUCCCACCACCGCCCACCCUCAGAGGACGCCAGGACCCAUAUGCUGUAUCCACAGCGCGAGGGUCCGGAAGGAUUCAGUGUCCUGUCAUCAUGGCACUUGUGGCCAACCUCCUGGGAGCCGCCCUCAGCUUCACCUGCAUCCCCGCCAGCACCAAAGGGGCCAGCGCCCAUGCCCAGGCUUCCCUACCAGGGAAACCCAAGGCCAGUGUGUUUGACCUGAAGGCCAUCACUCAGCUGCUGCUGCAGCCGGGCGUCCUGCCGGUGUUUCUGGUCAAGGUCAUCUGCAGCCUUCCCUCGGGGCUCUUCAUGGUCAUGUUCUCCAUCAUCUCGAUGGACUUCUUCCAGCUGGAGGCCUCCCAGGCCGGUUACCUCAUGUCCUUCUUCGGGAUCCUCCAGAUGGUCAUCCAGGGCCUGGUCAUCGGGCGGCUGAGCAGCCACUUCUCUGAGGACGCCCUGCUCCGGGCCAGCGUGCUGGUCUUCAGCGUGGUGGGACUGGCCAUGGCGCUGAUGGCCAACGUCUUCCACUUCUGCCUCCUGAUGCCCGGCCUGGUCUUCAGCCUGUGUGCCCUCAACGUGGUCACCGACAGCAUGCUGACCAAGGCCGUCUCGGCCUCGGACACAGGAACCAUGCUGGGCCUCUGUGCCUCUGUGCAGCCGCUGACCCGAACCCUCGGGCCCACGCUGGGCGGCCUCCUGUACCGCCACUUCGGUGUCCCCGUUUUUGGCCACGUGCAGUUUGUGGUCAACUUCGUUGUCUUUCUGGUCCUCUGGAGGCAGCCUACUCCCCCAAAGAUGGACAAAGCCCGGUGACCGUGACCCCCAAGCACAGAUUGGGAAUAAACUGCCUUGG